AUGUCGACCGAACAGCCCGCAACCGAUGCUGAUGGGCACAAGGGUGACCAUCUCCUGUUUCCACAACCGGGAGAUGGGAAACUCAUUCCGAUGGUCAUCCAGAGCUUACAGCAGCCUUCAGUACUGCCCGAGAAUGUGCCAUGGACUCGGCUGGGGGAGCCUUUCUCCAAGGUCGGCACUAUGGAAGCCAUUUGGUAUUGGGUCUUAUCUCCGAUACUCGUAAAGGGGAGCGAGAAGGUGGAUGUUUCGCCCGGAGGCUUAUUCUUCUUGAUCUUGAGGUUUCUCGCGGCAGCGCCUCUAUGUGCUUUUAUGAAAUAUCAAGAGCAAAUCACCAGAACGAAUCGAGACGCAAUGUCAAUACCCCACGCUGCCAACACCGCCGCCGCACCCAUCAUCAUCAUUGCCUUUAGAGGCCCGUGA